AUGGACGCCUCGUUUGACAUCCCCGACUCCACCGACUGGCUAGACACGCCGUUGUCGCUUCUCGCGCCGCUCGAAUCGUCCCUCCGCUGCCAGGUCUGCAAGGACUUUUUCGACAACCCCGUGAUUACCUCUUGCAGCCAUACCUUCUGCUCAUUGUGUAUACGUCGGUGCUUAAGUACGGAAGGGAAAUGCCCCGUGUGUCGGAGCUCUGAUCAGGAGACAAAGUUGCGGCGCAACUGGGUCGUUCAGGAACUUUUGGAGGCCUUUCAGAAUGCUCGUCCCAGCGUGCUGGAGCUGGCGAGGAAGGCUAGGGAUGGUGCGCUUGACCGUCGCGAGGUGUCCGAUGAGCCUUUGUUCAAGAAGCGGAAGAUUGGGUCAUCGCAGAUAGAAGGGGAGGACGCGUCGGAGUUUGGUGCGGAGGGUAUCGUGACCCGGUCUCAGAGCAGACAGGUGGAUAAUCCGUCACAGCCUACCACGGCGAAACAUCCUGCUACGGUGGACUUGGUCGAGGAUAGUCAAGAUGAAGGUUUCUCGCCAGAUGACGGGUUGGUCGCAUGUCCAAUAUGCAAUCGACGGAUGAAAAAUGAAGCUGUCUUCUCACACCUUGAAGAUGAAUCUUGUGGGAAAGAUCCAGCUCCCCCAAAGAAAAUGUCAUAUGGGUCCCUACAGCCCAUGUCACCGGUUGCACGCAGACAAACUAGAACCACUGCAACCAGAAAUACAGUCAAUGAAAAGCCCGAAAGGCUUCCUGCCAUUAACUAUUCUAUACUGAAAGAAGGCGUCCUCCGAAAAAAACUGAAAGAUCUUGGAAUUCCCAACAUGGGUCCUCGGCAGCUACUCCAGAGGCGUCAUACAGAAUGGAUGAACUUGUGGAACGCCAAUUGUGACUCGAAGUGGCCUAAAACGAAAUGGGAGUUGUUGCGCGAAUUGGAUGCUUGGGAACGAACACAAGGUGGUAAUGCAAAUCCGUCAUCUCACGAUUCCACAAUCAUGGACAAGUCUUUCGAUAAGGCGGCGUGGUCCACUAGCCACGGUGAUGACUUCAAGCAAUUGAUCGCAAACGCGAGAAAAAAGAAUGAUGCUGUCCGUGGCACAAUUUCUCAAGGGCCAGUCGAUUCGAAUGAGCCUGAAAUGGCACCAAACCCUGGACGUGACGCGACACCCAUUUCCGAGCGACCAGCGGAAGGACCAUGUGUGGUAGGCGAAGUGCCGGAAUUAGGAGACUCGCAAAUAGCUCCUCUCAACAUGAAUGGGAUCGGGAACCAAAGUCAACCAACAGAAAAUGGCUAUGUAGAUCUUCCAAUGGGACUGCCAUGA